UCGAGUUCGGGCGGUCUGUUCUUGACACGCGAACUUUGUUCUCGCGCUCGAACCACACGAACACGUCCCAAGAACAUUGUACUCGGAACAAAAUCGCACACCACCUAUCCGCCGGGGGUUUGCACGAACACACGUAAAAAAGCGCGGGAUUUCAAAACAGCGGCAGAAACUUCUCUAGCAAAAUGGCCGACGGACAUGACGGAUUCAGCGUUGCUGAGAAGGGGUACACAACAAAGCAAGUUCCUGUCAUAAUCCGCUAUGUUCCUGCUGGUAUUGCAGAGCGUUUGAAAUCUGAUGAAAGUUUUGCACAAACAUUUUGUGCAACGGUACAGCGGCCUGGCAGGACUAGCCAACCGAAAACACGAGAGACACCUCCCCUAACCAACAGAACUGGACAGCCACGGUUACAUGAAGCAGGGAUGCCCCAUCCAACCCAGUCCAGCCUUACACCAGGACAAGAGACAGAGGCAGGGCCCUCUUCAGUUGGACAUGAUGAAAGUUUUGCACAAACAUUUUGUGCAACGGUACAGCGGCCUGGCAGGACUAGCCAACCGAAAACACGAGAGACACCUCCCCUAACCAACAGAACUGGACAGCCACGGUUACAUGAAGCAGGGAUGCCCCAUCCAACCCAGUCCAGCCUUACACCAGGACAAGAGACAGAGGCAGGGCCCUCUUCAGUUGGACAUGAUGAAAGAAAAACCUGGAGUGACAGAGAUAGUACCCUGCUUGUGAGCUUGAGAGUCAAGAUGGAAGAUUCAUUCCACGGAACCAAAGCUCAUAAAGUGUUAUGGAAUAAAAUUGCCAAAGAAAUGCAAAGUAAGGGUUGUUUGGUCACAACAGACCACUGCCAAAACAAAUGGAAAUCAAUUAAACGAGAGUAUAAACAAACAGUGGAUCAUAAUUCCCAAACAGGGGCCAAUAGGAAGAUCUGUAAAUUUUACACUGAAUUAGAUGAAUUAUAUGGCAACAACGAGAGUACCAGACCAUCCAUGACACUUAGCAGUUGUAGUGUGCCAUCUACUACAGGUAACCUCCUUGAUGAAACGGAGGAACCUGCUGAAAAAGUGGCAAAGCUGCCCAUAGGGCGAAAAAGUCGUAAGCCAACAAAAUUGCCCAAUGUAGUAGACUGGCUUAAUGAGUUUCAUAAGGAACAAAGAGAGAGAGACAAACGGCGAGAAGAAAUGGUGAGAGAACACAAUCGACAGAAACUUGACAGAUUUGACAGACUUCUCGAUAUUCUUGCUAAAUCGAAAAAAGAGGAUUGAACAUUCUCGAUUGAUCAGUUGAUCAGGCUAAAAGUUCUGUGUUGUUGGUGUUCCUUUUUUGCUAAAUCGUCGCAGAGCUGGCGAAUCGACCAUUUUUGCGAUUUCGAUAUUUUGUUAUUUUUAGGCUUUAUGAAGGUUGCUCUUUCAGGUAUUUAUGCCAAAAUUCUUAAUAUUUGUCUGG